AUGUUCAAAAAUCUUCAUUUAAAGGCGCACGCUCUCUUCAAAAUUAGGACAUUCAACGGACUUCGUCGUCUCACAGUAAGCCCCACUGAAUCGUUCGGUUUUGUAUUUCUUUUUUUUUCUUUUUUUUUCUUUAUUUAAAGGCUCUAAUUCUUCGCUUGUUUGAAUUUUUGAAAUGCAUUGCUUAGAAAUUAUGCAUAAAAAACGGGAAAAUUUUUUUCUAAGUUUUAAUCUUUAUUUUACUCAAGAUUUAUUUUUUUGUCAAAUUUUUUUAGUUAAAUAGAUAGUUAAAUAAUUGUCGGGAAAUUCAUUUUUUUGACGUGAAUGUUAGACAGUUCAGAUCUUUUUUAUUAAUUUCUUUUUUUGUCAAGUCUCGAAAUUUUUUUAAGAAAAAUUCGCUGGUAUAAUUUUUUUUGUUUACAGGUAAAAUGCGUUACGUCUCCGCUUAUCUUUUGGCCGUUCUCGGAGGCAACCAGAACCCUCAGGUGCUUUUGUCUAUUUAAUUUUUUCUUUGAAAUGAUUUGCAAACUGCGAAACUAGAUUUUUAAGGCGAAAAAGAUUGAUUGGUCUCAUAUUAAUAUACUCUGAAGGCUUUUUUUUUUCACAUCACUCUUAGUCAGUGCCAUUCCAAACAUUCUAGCAAGAAGUAUGAAAAAGAUAGCAUUGUCCUUAUUUAAUUCCUGGACUUUCGUUCAAAGGAGGAGUCGCGGGUAUUUUUUUUAGUCUGGAUCCCCUUAUCACCUUUCUCUUCAGUCUCAAUCGCAUAACGAGAAUUCUAGAAUUUUAUUUCAUAAAAAAAUCUACUGAAAACAAUUUAUAGCGUCAGUUUCCAAUUUUUUAUGUAAAAUUUCGAAAAUUGAACUUUCUUUCCUUUUCGGUUUAUAUAAGAUCUGCUAACAUUUUUUUUCUUCUAUUUCUUUGUCUUUUAAUCAUGAAUCAAGUACCUAGUUCAUACAGGAAGAUUCAAAACGAAGAUUUUAUCGAAUUUUCGCUGGUCUUCUUUUCAUACCAACGACAUUUUUUCUCUUUUCACGUUCAGCAAAAUUUUCCGUGGCCUUCUAUAUGAAAAUUCUCUAUUAAUGCUAUCUGCAUAAAAUCGUGGUUUUGAAGUUGAGAUUUACAUGGUCCUUUGCCAAUAUAAUUCUUUCCGCCGAAAUUUUCGUGAAUUAGAUAAAAAUUGAGCUUCUUCGCUUCAAAACCUUUUUUUUUCGCAGUUUUGUAGCGCAAAAGUUUGUUUUUACGGUAAUUUUUUUUUUUCUGUUCUCGCAUGCUGAUCAGGUGUCUCAACGGGUGUACCCGUAUUAAACCCGUGUUUCUGAGGUUAUUUUAGUCUCAGUUGGGCUAAAACGGGGGAACAACGGGUGUAAGAAAAAUAUGUAACCCAGCUGUGCUAAAGCGGGGUCUCAGUUGGGCUAAAAAUUGCCAAAAGUUCUAUCAGCUGGGCUUUUACGGGUUUAAUACGGGGGCACCCGCUGAGACCCCGUGUUAGCACGGCAUGGUUACCCUGCUCAGCAUUCGAGUUCUUCUCGAAUGUUUCGCGCGGAACGCACUAUAUAGAGAUCAAAAAGAAAGACCGGCGUCUAUUCUUUCGAAAACCUGCCAACAAAUGAAAAACAAAAUCAAUAUAUGUUCCCGAUAACACUUCCCUGCUAUACUGUUUCUCUCUUUUAUAAUUUGGGGUGCCUUGAAAUUAUUUAAAUAGGUGAAUUAGGUAUAGCUCAUUCCGCGUCAGCUUGUCUCGUUUGUUUUUCCACAAAAAAAAGCCGUAUAGUAAACCAACUUCACUUCAAGAUUUUUGUUCCUGGUUUUUUUUUUUUGGUUGUAGUUUCGCAGUUUUUUCGAGCAAAAUUGCAGAAAAGCUCUAUUGAGUUAGAUUUUUCAGGUUGAUGAUUUGAAGAAGAUCUUGAGCACUGUUGGUGUGGACACUGAUGCUGAAACCGCAAAAAUUGUCGUUUCUCGAUUGCAAGGAAAGAGCAUUGAACAGCUAAUCGCCGAAGGUGCCUCAGGCUUGGUUUCGGUGCGUUAUUUUCAAAUUUUUGGGACUACAAAAUUGACGCCUUAUUCGUUUAUAGUGGUUUCGUGAUACGCAAAAUUCAAAUUCCGAGAGCCAUUAGAAAAUUGAAUCCUAAAACGACUUAUUGCGAAAUGUGACUCUUACCUCUCAUGCUGAUGAGGGUGGCCCAGCCAUGCUCACACGGGGUCGCAGCGGGUGCCCCUUAUUAACCGUAUAAGCAAAGUUUGUCGAACUUAUCUCAAUAAGCCUGCGUGGAGAAGCUGACUUUGAAAAUUGAAGAUUGAAAUCAAGUUUCAAUCUUCGGGAGAUAAAUUUGACAAGAUAAAAAUUAAUUUUCAACCUCCGGAAGUUGGUACUGUCUCAUACGUCGGCUGGAUCCCACCCAGGGUGCGACAUACUUCGGUACAUUUUCAAAUUUUUUUACGCGCUCAGAAUGAGAGACGUUGACUCAUGCAUGAGAUGAACAUAACUGGCGACAGCCAAGUCUCCCCCUCACCUAAUGCUUUUUUUCGAACACUUAUAAAUAAGAAAAAAUCGCUUCUGCCAAACAAUGGAACCUUGAAAAAAAUGAGAAGUUGAUAACUUUUUUUAAUCUUAUUUUUCGGAUUUAGCACCAUCGAGUUAGUCUAGUUUGAUCCUUGAAUGUCAACUAGGGGGAUAAGCUACAGAAAGUGACUUGGCACCCGAGGUUGACGCGCCAGUCUUGAAGUACUGAGGAAGACUACUAUCUGGAGCCUAUUCAAAUUACUCACUGGUUGACAUUUGAAAGGUCGAACUAGACGAAUUCGAUAUGCUGAAUCCGAAAAUGAACAGCGUUUUUUACGCGCGAAUUUCAAAUGUUGGCUAGAAAUUUUUAAAUUAUUUCAGUAUGUGGAGUUUUGCGCAUAAAGUCCGCUCUCUCAUUAAGGGUCCCAAUUUUUAACGGCUCUUGAAAAUUGAAAUUUUUCAAUUAUGUGAGAUCAUUUUGUAUAAAAUUUUCUAGCUGAGUUUUAAGCAUUUCGCUUUACAAGGGAAAUCGAUCUCUCAGUUUAUUGUACACGGGCUCAAAACAGUGUACUUACAUCAAGCCUUGUUCAAAGGAUUCCGCGAAAUACCUAAUAGCGGUCAGAAUGUGAAAAAGUCAACUAAAUUUAGAGAAUUUCGAAUUUCGCGGAAAUCAUUUUGAACACGACAUGAUAAAGUUCAGACGCAGCCAAACAAGAAUAGAUAUAGAAUUUCAACAUUUAAGAAAUUAUUAUAAAAAAUUUUUCUUGAAAAAUGGUUUAAAAAUAUUUUUCUUGCUUUCAUCGUUCUUGAAGGGGAAAAGCAAUACUGAGUGGGGCCUGGGAAAUUAUCGUUUAUUUAAUUUUUGAAAGAAAAAUUGAUCUGUAGAAGCUUAGUUAAAUAUUUUCACACUUUUUUUUUGAUCAAGCAAAAAGUGGCUAUAUUAAUCCAAUUCUGAGAAAAUGUAAGGUAUGCUUUUUUUAUUUAUUGCAAUAACUUGAAUUUAUUGAUAAGAAAGAGCGAAUUUCGAAAGUUCUCAUAUUUUUUUGUUCCAGUCGAGUAUUAGAUCUCAUAGUAUCCGAAAGAAAAUUUUUGAAAAUUUUAGUAUAAAAAAAAACAAGAAGUUUUAGAAAUCAGGGAAGUCUGGUUUUUUUUUCCAAUCGUUCUUUGUGAUGUUCAGGCUUAUCAUUUUUGAGUCAUUUCUGAAUAGGCAGGCGUACGGAAGUGAAGAUUUAUUAAUUAUUAACAAACGUUUUUUCUUCAAAUUUGAAUCAUCUUAAAAAAUUUUUUAUUUCAGAUGAUUCCAUAUUUUAUCAGUUCAAUCAGUUUAUCUCUCAAUGUUAAGAAUAUUUGAGAAGUUUUAGUUCUAAAAAAAACUGUAAAUGCUACGAAGUUUCAAAGAAAAACCGUCUAAAGUUGAAUCUAUGAUUCACGUCUGUUCAGCCUUCCGGUUUGGCAUACGGUAUUUCUAAGUUGUGCAUACACCAAUCGCGGUUUUUGGGCGAUAUCUUCGUUAAUAACGAGUUUUUUGUGCGACAAAAUUAACAAAUUUGAAGAAAAACUUUAAAAAACGUUCAAUGGUACAAUAAAGUUUUUGCAAAUGCUGGCAAGCCUUAAAAAUGGCCUAAUUUGAGAAAUGCGUCUAGUAAGUAAUGCCGUGUUCAAAGUAAUUUCCGCGAAAUGCAAAAUACCCGUUAGAGAAAGGAAAAGAUCACUAAAUUUCGGAGAAUCAGAGAUCAUUUUGCAUUUCGCGAAGUCAAAUUGAACACGGCAUAAUAAAUAGAAAAAAAUGAUCGAAAAUAGUCUAGUAUGGCCGGCGGAGACGGAGUGCAAACCGGGCGGGUCCCUGUGGGUCUGAACUCGUGUUGAUUUACCUUCAGAACAUAUAGCUUUCUGAAAUAUCAAUUCGUAUCUGUAUCCACUUAAUUGCCUUGAUUGUAGGUCAGCGGAGGUGGUGGUGCCCCGGCUGCAGCUGCUCCUAGUGCCGGAGCUGCCGCUCCAGCUGCUGCCGCUGCGGAAAGCAAACCAGCAAAGAAAGAAGAGAAGGAAGAGUCUGAUGACGACAUGGGAUUCGGCCUUUUCGACUAA